AUGGAGAUCGACCCCUUCAGCCUUCGUCCAUGGAAUACAGCUCACCUCGCAGACUUGGCAUCGACCAUUGGAGAGGGGGAGGUGCUGCUGCACAGGGCAGCGCUGCGGCGCCUGCGGCGGCCGCUGAGCCCUGCGCCCUUCAUGGCACGGAAGGUAGCCCAGGAGGCGGUGUGCAACUACCCCCCUGUGCUGGCGCAACGACGUCUCCGAACUUCCUCCAGGGACAAAGGACGCUCCGGAUCUGCAAGGUCCAGGACUGCGUAUUCGACGUCCAGGCCAUCUAAAGCGCGUGCUUCGCCACGGCGUUGUGCUACCCAGCCCUCCUGGCUUCCGCGCGACUUCGAGGGCACCCCAAGGAUGCGCGAGCUGCUGGCCCCCUCCGUGUGCCUCACGCGAGGGCUGCAGAGCUCCAGCUCUGCGCCAGCCCUGGAAGGCUCGCCACGGCGGGGCAAGCCGGCGCAGACGUUGAUGUCGCUGGUGGCAGAUGGCAGGCAGAGCGCCAGCAAGCGAGAACAUCAGCGCGUAGCGCAGUGCCUUCAGGGCAUCGUGCGGCGCACGGCCAUGGUCUCACAUGCGGCCCUGGCCUUCUCCACGGAAGGCGUCGACGAAAGUUCAGACACUUACGAAUGA